ACAAUUAUACAAUGCAUUUCAGCAGCUUAUAUAUCACGCCAACGCAAAAUCUCCAUUGCCUUUUAAGCCGGCGACGAACAGAAGGCCGACGCCUAUCAUUUAACCUCCCGUCGACGCUUAUCAUUCAAUUCUCGCCGCUUUUUGCUCGUAGGCGGUGAGGAUGUCGACACCGGCGAGGAAGAGACUGGUGAGGGAUUUUAAGCGGUUACAGCAGGAUCCCCCGGCCGGCAUCAGUGGAGCUCCGUAUGACAACAAUAUAAUGCUAUGGAAUGCAGUCAUUUUCGGUCCUGAUGAUACUCCCUGGGAUGGAGGCACAUUUAAGCUGACACUUCAAUUCUCAGAGGAUUAUCCAAACAAACCACCAACUGUGCGAUUUAUUUCCAGAAUGUUCCACCCAAAUAUUUACGCUGAUGGAAGUAUUUGCUUGGACAUCUUGCAAAAUCAGUGGAGUCCCAUAUAUGAUGUAGCUGCUAUACUGACUUCAAUCCAGUCUUUGCUCUGUGAUCCAAAUCCUAACUCGCCAGCUAAUUCAGAAGCAGCACGCAUGUUCAGUGAGAACAAGCGCGAAUACAACAGGAAGGUGCGCGAGAUUGUUGAACAGAGCUGGACAGCAGACUGACAUCUCCCGCACUCUUAAUCUGUUACAGCAAAUUAUCCUGUCUCAUACUGAAAUUGUUCUAGUCUUGUCACUACAUUAAUAACUAAUGUAGUAGGACAUUUUCCUUUUUAUAUGUUCUUGGGGACUCUCGAGUGUGUUAAAUCAUGUUAUGUUGCUCAACUACGAAUGGACUAUGUACAUAUGAUUUCUUGUAUUAUCCAACUGCAGUGAAAUUGUAUGAAGGUUGUUUCCAUUGUUGUUUAAAGAAUAUCGAUUCCUGUAAAUCAAUUUAAUUCCA